GCUGCUCGAAUGCGUACCAUGUAUGGAAAUGAACCAUAUUGCCUGAAUCUUAUUGAUACCCCAGGGCAUGUAGACUUCUCUUACGAGGUUUCUCGUUCACUUGCUGCUUGUGAGGGUGCUCUUCUUGUUGUAGAUUCCUCUCAGGGAGUAGAAGCUCAGACGCUGGCUAACGUUUACUUGGCCUUGGAAAACAACCUUGAAAUAAUCCCUGUAAGGCCAUGCAAUAUAAUGAGAUUCUCAUCUAUAUGUGUUCUAAUAGCUUUCAAUUCAUUACUUAAAAGAUGUCUUCACUUCAGUUAA